AUGCUAGCCAAUUCUCUGAACUCUAAGGCUGCAUUAGACACAAAGUUGGUGGUUUUAGCCGAGCCCGCAAUUGUCGAAGGGAUUCCCGGGAUUGUGCGACUACCGAAAAUAGGAGGCUGUUUGUCAAGUGGCGGCGGCGGCGGCGGCGGCACCCGCGGCCGCGGGGCUCCGCCGCCGGUGCGUCGUCCAUCGGCGCAGCCGUCACUGGUUCGGAAGCUUUCGGUGGCCGAACACAGCGAUGGCGGCACAGAGAACGCCAAAAUGAAGGUCUUGUUCAAGGCGAAGCCGAAGACUCCUGCUGAUUUGGUGCGGCAGACUCGCGAUCUGCUCGUCCUCGCAGACGGCGGCGUGUCCGACACUAAGGAGAGCAAGCGCGACGACAAGAUGAUGGAGUUGGGCAAGCUUAUCCGAGAAUUAAAACAAGUUCUUUACGGGGAUAGUGAAUCUGAGCCCGUGGCCGAAGCCUGCACACAGUUGACACAGGAGUUUUUCAGAGAGAACACUCUACGUCUGCUAAUUAUAUGCCUUCCCAAGUUGAACUUAGAGACACGAAAAGAUGCUACGCAGGUUGUUGCAAACCUGCAGAGGCAACAGGUUCAAUCGAGGUUGAUUGCUUGUGAUUACUUGGAAAAGAACAUAGACCUCAUGGAUAUCUUGAUAUCCGGUUACGAGAAUAACGAACUGGCAUUACAUUACGGUGCAAUGUUGAGGGAAUGCAUACGUCACCAAAGUGUUGCAAGGUAUGUACUAGAAUCAGAGCAUAUGAAGAAAUUUUUCGAUUACAUACAACUCCCAAAUUUUGACAUUGCUUCAGAUGCAGCUGCCACAUUCAAGGAACUGUUGACCAGGCAUAAGUCAACUGUAGCAGAAUUUCUUUCGAAAAACUAUGACUGGUUCUUUGCAGAUUAUAAUUCGAAGUUGCUUGAAUCUGCUAAUUACAUCACCAGAAGGCAGGCUGUCAAGGUAAAUCCUUUUCGUUAUCUCUAUGCAUGA